CACGGUCAUAUUUGACAGCGGGACCAGCGCAGAGCAGCAGCAGCAGCAGCAGCAGCUAUGGCUAAAAGUGAUGGAAGCGACUAUUUUAGAAGAACCAGCCUGUUCUGGAUAGUCACCGUGACACUGGCGAUGGGAUAUUUCACUUGCACCGUGUUUGUGCCUGAAAAAAUCCCAUAUGAGCACCUUGGUGCAUUUGGCACUUUCUGCAGAUACCUUGUGGAUAAUCAUGCUGACAUUAUGUACAAAGGGUGGUGGGCAGCCUGGGCUAUUCAUGUCUUUGAGGCCUUAAUUGCACUGAAGGUGUGCAGUAACAAAGGCAUCAACAACACGGCCACUCGCUUCCUGUGGUUCGUCCAGACCUUUCUCUUUGGCUUUGCCUCCCUCGGCCUGCUCCUCAAGUACGACCCCGAGCGUCCCAAACAGCACUGACACCAGCAGCAGACGCCGACAGAACAAGGCUACAUAAGCUGAACUUCAGAAAAAUCAGUUGCUUCCCUGUGCCUCUUCUUCUUCUACUGUCUUUCUCUGUGAUAUGAAAUCCUGCUGAGGAGGAAGCACGUGGAAGAAGAUUCUGGACCCUUUCUCUUUUAUAGUGUUUCUUUUAACACAAAAGUGCUGAAGUUAAGACAUAACUGAUAGAAAUACUGAAAAUAUUCCUUACUUGGUUUAUACUGUUUCCUGUGAGAUUAUGAUGGACUGACAUCUGUUUCACUCCAUAUUUUUCUAUACACUAAGCUGAAAGAAGGCUGUCGUACCUUACAGAUAAUAUUUUCAAGUUUUUACUGAUGAUAGUAUUAACAGAGGUUAAAUAAUCGAGUUCUCUUGAUGAAUCUGCCGUGUGCUGGAUAUCGAGUGCAAUACAAGGUGAAUCUUUUAUGCAGUUCUUUUGUUCCCUCAUGAUGUUUACAUUCAGCCUGGAUGGUGGCAGAAGGGAUAUUUUCUCAGCUGCUGUGAUGAACAUAAUGUCAGACAGGUUGGCUGCAGAUGGCACGCUGCCACCAGCCUCAGAAACCUUCCAGGAUAAAAAUAAAGAGAGAGCUGCUGGAUGCACAUUUUAAAUUCACGUUUGCCUUCCUUAUACUGAGGUGCUUUGAGUUUUUUUAAAUCAGAGACUGGAAGUUCUUAAUAUUAACACUGCAAAAAUAAAAGUGACUGACAAACUGCA